ACCUGCCCGCUCAUUAAGACGUAUAUAAAAUAGACUCGCGCCCGAGAUUGCGCACAUUUCUCGCGCGGUCGCCCUAGGCCACUCCAUAGCCAUCAAUUUAAUCUACUAUCUCUUUUCCCACAAUUCCAACCCUCCACCUCGACAACGGGAAGCUCAGGACAGAAUGCACCCCCAGGCAAGGGAGGCUCCCGAGAAGCCCUCCAUGGACUUUCCCCAGCCUUUGCGAGAAGGGAGCAGUGAACCCCCUGCCAAGCGCACGCUCCCAUCUCUCGUGUACACUAGCCACGAUAGCUCCCACGAGGUGCGAAGCGCUGUGGGCGCCGUAAAUGGGGCGCCACCAUCACAAACCGAGGGCAGCGAUGUGUGCCGCGACCUGGGCGACGAAUUCACCUACAGCACCGUGGAAAGUCCACAGCAGCAUAUCUUGACCCCGUCCACUCGGAGCACUCCCGAGGUUCCUUGGCAACGCCUCCCACCCCCAUCAACCGACAACAUCGCCGAGGAUGAAAGGCCACACACCGACCAGCUUCUUGCAGGGAUUUCCGGCGACCGUCCAUCGUCCAGGGCUCCAGGCUUGACCAGGCGGGAUCUCGCGACAAAGCUGCGGGACAAAAUGGUCACAACCAGCCUCAUGCCGAUGGGAGAUGAAAUGGUAAAGUAUCUCCCUCGGGCAUCCUUGGUCGAGCUGGUCACCGAGUCCUCCGUGGCGGCGGUACUUCAGAGCGAGGGCAUGUCGCAAGAAGAAUCGGAGUCCUUGGCCAAGAAAAUCUUCAUACCAUCCACGGUCAUACUGGAUGGGGGGAAGAAAGGACGCGACCAAAAGUCGACACGGCGAAAGCUCUUUGCUACCUUGGUCAUGAUGUCAAAAGUGACCGCGAUCGGCUGCUUCAUCGACCAGGGGAUCUUCGACACUCAUCUACCACUUCAUAAAUCGCCAUCGGGCGAUUUCCUCAGCUUGUCGGCACGUCCAAACGAGCGAAUCGACUGCUGCAAAGACUGGAGUGUCAAUGAGGCUGAACUUUUCGAUCUUCACCAGUGGCGUUUCUUAUCGCCAUUCUUUGCCGACCGAGAGCGCGUCAAGGGCGAGAAGCCAAAGGUAGUGCACUACGUCUUGCAGCCAAAGAUUGUGCCGCCCUUGGAGUUCAUCCGCCCAGAAGUGUUGGACCCGGACGCGGAAUCGGAAUCGGAGGGGAAUGGCGGGUUCAGCACCGUGUUUAGGGUGCGGUUUGAACCUAGCCAUCAUAACUUUGGGCCCGAGUCCGAGAGAAACAACCUUGUUCACGCUCUCAAGAAGUUGCACCGUCCGGAUAGGGCAGAGUUCCAAAAAGAGGUCGAGGCAUUGAAGAGGUUCAGCUUCUCUGGCGACCGCCACCUCAUCAAGCUCCUCUGGACUUACGAAUUGAAAGGAACCUUCUACCUAGUUUUUCCAUGCGCUGAUGGCAACCUCUGGGAUUUCACCAGGAGGCACGUCAACGGCCCAGAGCUAACCAAAGAUCGGCCUCGCGAGAUCUGGUUGAGGUGGCUGGCCGAGCAGUGCCACGGAAUCGCAGCAGCUCUUUCUAGGAUACAUGGUGCCGACUUGUCUGGCCCUAACGGAAGCAGAGCCUCUGGCUCCUCUGCGAACCUCAACCCAUCGCGAACAUCGGCAGACGCUGCACGCGGGAAGUACGGUCGCCAUGGCGAUCUCAAACCUGAAAACAUCCUUUGGUUCUCUGCAGGCACCGAGACUGCAGGCAGCGGCCAGCCGAUCGGAGUCCUCCAAGUGAGCGACUUUGGGCUCUGCGACUUCCACCGCCGUCACUCGAGAUCGAACGUCCCCGUGCACCAGGUCUUAAUGACUGGGACCUACCAAGCCCCAGAGUCUCUCAUUUCAAACAAGCUUGCCCAGUCCUAUGACAUCUGGACCCUCGGGUGUGUCUACAUCCAGUUCAUCUCGUGGUUUUUGCUUGGUCACGAGGAAACCAAAUUCGAAUUCUCGAAGCAAAGGCUGGACGAAGAUGACUCCAGCCUAAUCAAGGAAGACACCUUCUUCAAAGUGGAGACUGAAGAGGGCCGUCCUGUUGCCGCUAUUGUCAAGAAAUCCGUGCAAGACUGGAUUGCUCGCCUCACACAGCACGAGGACUGCUCAGAAUUCCUUGACGAGUUCCUCCGUUACAUCCUUUCGGACAUGUUGGACGUCCGGAGCGAAACGCGAGCCAAGUGUCCUCAGGAGCGGUCACCGAUAGCCUCGCUCGCAAAGGACGCGCCCGGACGUUUCCACCGUCACAGCCGUCUGCACUACUUCGGACAUUGA